UCGCUACACCAGAAAACCUUCUUACUUGAAGCAAGUCCAUUUUCUCAUUUCCCUCUUUUUCUUUCCUCUGACAAUCAAUUUCCGAACACCACUAUGGCUGAAGAAGCACUUGUGUCCUUCCUUGUAGAGCAGUUGGGUUCCUUCACCUUCCAACAUGUGGAACAACAUGUGAAACUUGUUAUGAAUGUCAAAAACGAAGUAGCAACUCUUACCCUCAACCUCAAAACUAUCCAAGCUGUGCUGGCGGAUGCAGAGAGGAGGCAAGUGAAGGAAGACAGCGUGAGAUGCUGGCUCAAUGAUCUGAAAGAAGUGUCGUUCGAGGUAGACGAUGUGGUGGACGAGUGGAGCACUGAAAUCUUGAAACAACAAAUCGAGAACCAAGGUGACAAUGCUAUUGUACCUAAGAAGAAGGUAUGUUUCUCUAUUCCCUUCCGUUGUCUUUGUACUGGCCAAGUCACUCGGAUAAUUUCUCGUCAUGACAUUGCUGUGAGGAUAAAAGAGUUGAAUAAGAAGUUAGCUUCGAUUCAUGAGCGGCAAAUUUUUUUUGAGUUUCUUAAAAAGGAAAUAGAAUUUGAGCAACCUGAACGAUUGAAAAGUUUGUCAAUUGUCGAUGAAUCUGGGACAUUUGGUAGAGAUCAUGACAAGGACAUACUAGUAAGCCAAUUGGUGAGUGAAAAUAGUCAAGAAAGGGGGGGGCCUCUUGUCAUCUCUAUUGUAGGUUUUGGGGGGAUUGGAAAAACAACUCUUGCCCAACUAGCCUAUAGUGAUGAUAAGGUAAAGGAAUGUUUUCGUACAAGAAUAUGGGUUUGUGUCUCAGAACCAUUUGUACAAAUUGCAGUUGCCAAAGCCAUCCUUGAGGGUCUUAAUGUAAGUGUCCCAAAUUCAAAUGAGUUAGAAACUUUUGUUCGACAUAUAUCUGACUCUAUUGAGGGCAAGAAGUUCCUCCUUGUCCUAGACGAUGUUUGGGACUCAAACCAUAGAAAGUGGGAGCCCUUCUUGACAACAUUACGGUGUGGUGGCUCAGGGAGUAGAAUUUUGGUUACAACGCGAAUAACGCAUGUUGCUAGUACACUAGGAGCAACUACUGACCACACAAUCCAUUUGAAGGAGUUGGGUGAAGAAACUUGUCGGUCAUUGUUCUAUCACAUUGCAUUUUUUGAUGGUGAAAGAAAGGAGUCUAAAAAGUUCAAAGAUAUUGGUAAUGAAAUCGUGAGAAGGUGCAAAGGCUUUCCUCUUGCUGCUAAGACUUUGGGUAGUCUAAUGCGGUAUAAGAAAACAGUGCAACAAUGGGAAGAUGUCUUGAAUAGUAAGAUAUGGGAAUUUGAGGAGGUUGAGCAACAAGUUUUCCAACCACUAUUACUAAGUUACUAUGAUUUAGAACCACUUUCCAAACGUUGUCUUUUGUAUUGUGCUACAUUUCCUAAAGAUCAUAAGAUUGUCAAGGAUGAGUUGAUUGAGUUGUGGAUGUCACAAGAUUAUCUUAAAGUUAAAGGGGGAACCAAAGAAGAUAAAAUAGUUGGUCAAAGGUGUUUUGAGAACUUAGUAUUGCGGUCUUUUUUUCAAGAUUUUGAGAAAGAUUAUCAGAGGAACAUUGACAGUUGUAAAAUGCAUGACAUUGUGCAUGACUUUGUGCAAUAUUUGACCAAGGAUGAAUGCUUUAGUAUGGUGGUUAAGGGUGCUAAUGAGAGAAUGGAGUUACCGAGUGAUGAGGUCCGUCAUUUGUCUUUAAUGUUUGCACCCGAGGGUCCAUUUCCUGUUUCUUCUCUCAACUGUAAGAGUUUGCGCACUCUCACAGCUUUUGAAUCGAAACUUACUAGCAUUGGCGUAGAGUUGAUUUCGCAAUCAAAAAGCCUUAGGACUUUGAAUUUGAGUGAAAACUCGAUUGUAGAAGUUCCAAAGGAGAUUGGUGGAUUGAUACAUUUGAGAUAUCUGGACUUGUCUCAAAACCGUGAAUUGAAGGAAUUGCCCGACAGUUUAUGUGAUUUAUACAAUCUGCAAACCUUGCGGCUUGUCGGCUGCUUCAAACUUGUCAAAUUUCCCGAUGAAGAGGCAAUGAGAAAGCUAACCAAGUUAAAGCAUCUUUAUGUUGAGGGGUCCUGUCGUCUAAAAUCAAAAGGGAUAGGGAGGUUAACCGGUCUGCAAAAGCUAGAUGUGUUUCAUCUAAAUGGUUAUUGGGGUGAGGACAAAGAAGGGACGUUGAAGUUGCAAGAUUUGAAAAACUUGAACCAACUUGAAGGGAGUCUUUACAUUGCACACUUGGAGUCUGUGGAAGAUGCGAGUGAGGGUGUAAAGGCAUGUUUGAGUGAGAAACAUCUCCUUCAUCUGGAUCUAGACUUCUUAUGUCACAAUGGAUGUGAAAAGCGGGUGAGAGAAGAAGGGACGGGCCAAAAUGAUAGAGAAAUACUGAAUGGGCUGCAACCACAUGGAGAUUUGGAAUCAUUGACCAUCCGGAACUGCCAGCUGGCUACUUCUCCGUGUCCCGAUUGGAUCUGGUCUUUACAUAAUCUGACAAGUCUUGUGCUUCAACACUACCGUAAUUGUGAGCUGCUUUCGGGUCCAUUUGGGAGAUUGCCGUCGCUUGAAACACUUGCAUUUGUUGAGAUGGGGAAAGUGAAAAAGGUGGGAGUGGAGUUAUUGGGAAUUGAAGAAAGAGAAUUACAAUCAUCCUCCUCCUCCUCCUCGUCUUCUCUUAUUUUAUUCCCCAAAUUGAAAAGCCUCCGGUUCAGUAACUUGUUCAAGUGGGAAGAGUGGGAAGGAGUGGGAGGGGAUUUUCAGAAUAAUAUUACCAUAAUGCCCUCCCUAUCUUUCUUGCAAUUUCAUUAUUGCCCGAAACUUGGUACGCUGCCCGACUUCCUGCGCAAGACACCACUACUGUCUUUAGUGCACCUCUACGGUUCUGAAAUUCUCGAAGAUAGAGUCCGGGACAAAACAAGUGAGGAGUGGGCCAAGAUUUCUCACGUCCCAAACUUGGACAUUGAUUUCAGGCGGAUUUGACAAGCUGUGGCGAUUUCAGGCGGCGAGUUGUUGAGUGGUCUUGUCUUCUAAUAUUCUUACUGGUGCAAUUGCAAAGCUCAAUGCUCUUUCAUCGUCCCCGAAAGGCUUGCAAGCAAACUCUUACGUGGAGGGAAUAGGGAGGUCAGGUCUUUUAGUUCUGAUGAUUGGAGUCCACUGCUAGAUGAUCCCCAACCCUUAUAGACUACAGAGGAAUUCUUCACACUUUCUCGUACUGUACUGCUCAGAUUUAAUCUAAAAGCAUUUACAAUGUCAUUGGGAUUUUCAAGCUGACGAGUGGAUAUAUGCUUUGGGAUGUCAUCAUAAGAUCAUUCAACUGUAGGCCAGCUAGAGAAAUUGAACCAUCUGCAAAACAGCAUUUUAUGUCAGAGGUUUAUCUAACAAUGAGAAUGCACCAUCAAGAAAACUCUGCACACAUUGAUGGAUUGAUGAGGUUCUUACCAAAGCUAGGCAUUUCGCUUCAUGUAUCUCAGAGAAGUUAAGAGUGGAUGUGUCCCUGAAUUCCAUUCCAUGGAAUCACUGGGGAUGACCCUAAAUGGCUUGUAAACAUUGAACAGGAAGCUAUGGGAGUUUGUGAUCAAGAGCCGUCACGCCAAGAAGUUCGACAGCAGAUUGUUUCGUUUGUUAUAUAUUUGUACCUAGCAAGGCAGGAAAAUAUUUAAGGCGACUAAAUAGUGGUGAAAUUGAUACUUACAUCAUUCAUCAUCUGGAUUGUGAUGAUAUUGUUUGUGGCUAGUACCCAAGACUGUUCUGUUAUUCCAUCUAGAAAGUAAGAACAAUUGGUCUCAUUUUUCUGAUGAUGUUAAAUCUGUCAGAGUCCCUCCUAAUAAAUUCAGCUAGAACAUUACUUCCAUUUCUUUUGACAGUUGAAACUAUUUAAUAAUUAAAGCUUCUUGGUUCCACCUAUUGCUGUGUCGCUGAUGUUCUAUUGUUUUACAUGGACAGUAAAUUUUCCGUGCCAGCACUUUCCACUGAACUGAGUGAAUGUGCAAUGGUCUUCAUAGACAUUUGAAAGCUGUUCUUUCUGUGGUUCAUCUUGCUGUCCUUACCGGAUCCUCCUCUUCUCUUCUAUUCCCAAAGUUCACUUGGUGAUGUGGUGCUGGAAACCUAUACAUCAAUUGCAUAACACAUGAGUAGAGGUGAUACUAAAUUGGAAAGCAAAGCUACAUCUUCGUUUGGGAAUUCUAUUUAUGCCAGUCUCACUCCACUAUGGUGGUAACCAUCAAACUGCAGAAAAACCAAAGUUGCUGUGCCAGACUCCUUUAUGAGUAAACUGAUCUGUUCUCUUGAGGCUUCUAUUAUGUUCCUAGAGAGGAAAUUCUGAACCCAGCUAUCACUCAAUUAGACGUAAAAUUAGACAAAGUUGCUGGCUAUGUCUCAUCUCAUAGUCUGUAGUUUGCUGUGGAAUUAAUCAAAGCAGAAGAUUUCAGCGUUGGUUCAGCCUGUGAACCAUUAAUUAUUUGCUAAUUAGGUCUUCAAAUGCUUUGUAAAUAGAUGAUUUUGUGAUGUGGAUGAAGAGCAUCCUGAUUGAUUUCCUUGCGUUGACCACCCACAGGUCCAGGCUGAUUGUUUAUGUUGUACAUCUUUUGAAUAACUUAAUAAAGUUUGAGGUAUUUCAUGAAAAAAUGAAAAGAGGGGUUUUUCUU